AUGUUGUAAACUGGAGAGAGAUGCAGGAGGGUGGGUAGCGUAGCAAAACGAAAUAGUAAACUCUGAGAAUACGGUCGGUGGCAAGAUAAAUGUGUUUGGCAUGUUACUUUUGUGCAGUAUGUGUUAAUGCAUUGAUAACUAACUUCUGUUAUAUGUUGUGAGCUUUGUUACCGUGACCGUAAUGUACAAGGACUGAAGGAGGAGUGGUGUUUUAAACUGGUUUCCGGUGACGCAUAGCUAGAUCAUCGCUAGCCAACGUUACUACCCAGCAGUAGAGUAGACUUUUUCGGCCCAUCAAAUUAAUACGUAACAAUGUGCUGGCUUUAAUUAUGCUUGUAUUUGGGAUUAUUCGCUAUUGGGAACUAUGUAGAUAUUUAUCUCGAUGUAAUUUAAGUACAAAGAAAACUGACUCUGAACUGUACUGUAAUCAAUAUGACAAAUCUGUAGCAGUCAGGCCUAGCCAGGGAUAGGCCGUGGUCACUGGUCAUAGACUGGAGGUUUGAGCGGUAUUUCAACUAGUACCGGUGGUUCCGUGUAGUUCAUCCGUGCCUGGGUCUCUUUCGACCGACCAGAGCAGCUGCACGCAUUGCCCCUUCGCUACAAAUAGCUAGAUUAAAGCGUCAAUCAGAAAGCGAAAUCCCGGCCACUGUUUAGGUAAAAAGCUGAGGGAUAGGGCUGGAGAAAUGUAUCUACUCUCAAAUUCAUAGACAGAGCUAUGGAUGCAAGGACUGACCAUCCAUUAUAUCAAAACAAUAGUUUUAACCAUGUUUUGAGGCUUUAUAAUGUUUGUUUACUUUUACGUUGUUUACAAACAUUGAAGGUUAACAAGCUUUUAUUUUGGGUUCUGAUGGAGUGUGGCAGUUGAACUAAGAUCGAGGCUUUUCUACAUUUUAUUCUUCAAGAAUCGAUGGGUCCAUGUCAUUAAUUUAGCAACUGCUGAUUGCCCCUUUAAUUAUAGUGUAAUUAUUGUAUUUGUUCAUGUUUUAUUAGGAUCUCCAUUAGCUGUUACAAUAACAGUAGUUCCUCUCCCUGGGGUCCUAAUGGAGGAGGCGGAAAGGGCAGAGAGGGAUAGCCUAUGCCGUUAGAGAGAAUCUAGUUCAGUAGGACAAGAUUGGGGUUUCAGGAGUGAGCAAAUGUCAGACCCGCUUCACAGGACUAUAUAUAGUCUGUCAGGCAACUAGCGGUGGCUGACCCCUGUAGAGGGGCAAGGUUCUUUCAUGGAACAAAAAGGAAUGGAAGAUGACUAGCCGUGGCCGACCCCUGUAGCACACUGGGUCUCAAACCUGUCCUUGGGACCUCAAGCCAUUCCAUAUAUUUGAUCUACUCCAGAACUAGCACACCUGAUUCAACUUUUCAACUAAUCAUCAAGCCUUUGUGUAGGUGAAUCGGGUGAGUUUAGAGCUAGAUCUAAAUUGUGAAAAGUCUGGGGAGAGGUUUGAGAACCACUGCUGUAGAGGUGCAAGGCUCUUUUAUGGUGCAGCACAGCUUGGAAACCUAGUGCCAGUCUGUCACACUAGUCCGCUAGUACUGGAAUGUAGUGUUCCAUUGUUGGAGUGCAACCUGCCUCAAAGCAUAAUAAAGCCUCUGCCAAGAGGCUCAGACCUUUAUUGCACAGGAGGUUUCCUUGUAGCAAAGUCACUGGUUCCAGCUCCCUUAUUCACCACACAAUCCAAAUAAAUACAGUUGGAAGGUGAAGGAGUGUGUGUGUGUGGCGGUGCUCUGAGAGUGUGUGCCCAGAGCGAGCCACCAUGCCCGUGACAUCACAGCUGUUCCGAGGCUUCCCUCGAGCGAAGCUCUGGGGUUUCUCCCUGUUCCCAUGCCAACGCCAGCUCCCCUGCUGCCCCACCUCCCACCGGCCCACCUCGUCGCAGCCCCACCCCAUAUGGCCGACAGCCAUGCCCGUGCGUGGCUAUAGGAGGAGCCCUGACCUCCACAGCUACAAUCUCACCCCCCCACAGGUCAACUCAAUCCUCAAGGCCAACGAGUACAGCUUCAAGGUUCCAGAGUUUGAUGGUAAGAAUGUGUCGUCAGUGAUGGGGUUCGACAGUAACCAGCUGCCUGCCAACGCACCCAUCGAGGACCGGCGCAGCGCUGCCACCUGUCUGCAGACGCGGGGGAUGCUGCUGGGAGUGUUCGACGGCCAUGCGGGCUGUGCCUGUGCACAGGCGCUGAGUGAGAGGUUGUUCUACUACGUAGCCAUGUCCUUGAUGCCCCAUGAGACCCUGUGUGAGCUGGAGGCUGCAGUAGAGGCAGGCAGACCCCUCAGCCCCAUCCUGCAGUGGCACAAACACCCCAACGACUACUUCACCAGGGAGGCACAGACUAUGUACUUCAACAGCCUCAGAACCUACUGGCAGGAACUCAUAGACCUCAGCAGUCCAGGGGAGAGCCUAGGGCCCAGAGAGGCGUUGCUGAGUGCCUUUAAGAGACUGGACAGUGACCUGUCUCUGGAGGCUCAGGUGGGAGACACCAAUUCCUUCCUCCACUACUGGGUUCUGAGAGUGGCCUUCUCUGGAGCGACUGCCUGCGUAGCUCACAUCGAUGGAUCCGACCUGUAUGUAGCAAACACGGGCGACGGCCGUGCGGUGCUGGGGGUCCAGGAGGAGGACGGCUCAUUCAGCGCUCACACGCUCUCCAACGACCACAACGCCCAGAAUGAGAACGAGGUGGCCCGCAUCCAGGGGGAGCAUCCCCCCUCUGAGAAGAAGACUGUCGUACGACAGGACCGGUUGUUGGGCCUGCUGAUGCCGUUCCGUGCGUUUGGAGAUGUGAAGUUCAAGUGGAGCAUUGACUUGCAGCGAGGUGUGUUGGAGUCAGGACCAGACCAGCUCCAUGACAACGAACACACCAAGUUCAUCCCCCCCAAUUACCACACCCCUCCCUACCUCACGGCCGAGCCUGAGAUCACACACCACCGCCUCCGACCUCAGGACCGCUUCCUGGUGCUGGGUACAGACGGGCUGUGGGAGACGCUCCAUCGACAGGAGGUGGUCCGGAUUGUAGGGGAGUAUCUAACGGGGGUCCACCAGCGCCAGCCCCUCACCGUGGGGGGUUACCAUGUCACCCUGGGACAGAUGCAGGGGCUGCUGGCUGAGAGGAAGGCCCGUGCCUCCUUAGCGUUCCAAGACCAGAACGCUGCCACCCACCUGAUUCGCCACGCUGUGGGCAACAAUGAGUUUGGAGCAGUGGACCACGAGACGCUGUCCAAGAUGCUGUCUCUGCCUGAGGAACUGGCCCGCAUGUACCGCGAUGACAUCACCAUCAUCAUCACACAGUUCAAUCCCCACGUGGUUGGACACCAGCGCCAAGUGGGGGAGUCCUGAGCCAGCUCAGCCUAUCAGAGGGGAAUGUGGACAUGAACAGGAAGUUUACUUUCUAGGAGGAAAAACAGGUCCAGUGAGGACUGGGUCUUGCUAGAGACACAUGGUUAAGCUCCAACCUUUAUUUUACCAAACGCACACAAAACAUACUGUUAAUGGACUAACCCUGCAGAGGGAGGACUGCCUACCUUCGGACUCCUUAUUUUAGGAUUGUUAUUGAAGAGGUGUGUGUACAGUAUGUGCACAUGUGAGCACACAGUCCUGGUCAUGUGGAUUGUUGAAAUGCUUGCUGAAACUGAUCACAAGUUGGCUCUUUUCUGAGUGUUGUGGCCUGAUGUGUGUAUGAAGCUUUUUAAAGGAUAUUUGAUCAACCUCUCUACAGCAUUCUGCUUCUCUGCUCUGUCACAGUCUCUGCCCAUAGGAAACUUUAAUUUGUGCCUAAAGAGUUUGCUGCUUUAUAACUAUGUUGUCUGAGCAUUGAGGUAAUGAUACGGUGGCAGCCUUUGUGUCUACUCCUCUACAAACAUCCCUCCCUCUUUCAUAUCACAGAUUCUGUGCUGUGCAGUUGCAGCAUCUGUCUUGCUCUAGAGCUGCAACUGGCCUCCAUCCUGGCUCUACCGCAUGGCUCUGCUGUUACAUAGUAGGGCUCUGUCUGUCUGUGUUCUGUCAUUGGAUGGAUCAGUGUCCUUUAUACUUGUUACAGACGGACAGCCAAGAGCUCCCAGGCACACUUCUUGUUAUCUUAUAUUUUGAAUAAUGUUUAUUUAAAAUGUUUUUAAUCUGAUUUCAAACAUUGAGUAUUUUGUCAACCUUCGAGAGGAAUAACUGCCUGUGUCUAUAAAGCAGAUGUUAUUGCUCUGAGACAGACGGCGUCACUAAGAUAGACUGUAAGUCGCUUUGGAUAAAAGCGUCUGCAAAAUGGCAUAUAUUAUUAUUAUUAUUAAGAUAGGAACCAGUAGAGCUACGUAGUGUGCAGGCUUUAGAUCCAACACUAACACCUCUAUCACAACUACUCACCCACAGGAAUCAGGUUUGUUAUGUGCUGAGUGUGUCUGAGAGAUUCUACAGCAGACUGAAGGAGUGGUGGUAUUCUGUAGAGGAGAGAGAGAGGGGUGUGUGAUCAGACGUUUAUUGUUUUAGGGUUGCAGAGUAUACAUGUUUCAAAGAAACAUAGUGGUUGAACCUCUCGUGUUUUUUGACAAUUAUACUCUUAUACGGAGGGAUAUGGUAUACUAACGUCAUCAUGCUUACAUGGUGGGUAUUCUAUCAAACAUGUUUUUUUUUUUUUAGUUUUUAACAGUGAAUCAUUGCUAGCCUGGUGUCAGAUCUCUGUCUGAGGUAACCAUGGAAUUAGGAAUUGAACUGUAAACAUCUCCUGUCAUGUUCAUGCCAAACCUCCAGGAGUGACUAAAACAGAGACAGACUUAGUCACUGUUGGCAGGACACUAACCAUGGUGUGGUUCUAGGCUUGUAUAGGUCAGAUGAAGGGUGUGCAUCAUAUGAGGUUGUAUAUCUCGUGGUGGUGUAUAUUUAGGAGAGGAGAGAAUGUAAAGCUGAAGGUGGCUCUGUCUGGACGCUGGCUGAAUACUUGAAGGUUAUUUAUGCAACUUUUAAUAUGUCACAGUUAUUUAUCCACAAUUAUAUGAGAUGUGACAGGUAUGUUUGUACAGUGUCCUGUUUGUGUCCAGUGACCAGUGACCUGUUUGGGCUUGAGACUAAAGUUUUUUUGUAUUUGGAAACUUAAUAAAACAAUGGCUACUCCA